ACGGCUAUAUAAAUGUACGGGUGUUGAAUAACGGUCAGUUCUCGUACUAUACCUUGGCUGCAACGACUUGCAACGGGAAAGUGAUUGUGAUCGAUUUGUUACUGUGAUAAUUUGAUUACAUUCGAUAAACAAUGGGUUCACUUCCCCCGGAAUCGGUUGUGUCUGGGGCUCGGACCUCGGUCCCAGCGGCGCCCCUCAUCAAACACAUGCAGCAGAUGGAUAGUGACAGAAUAGCGCUUAUUUACUCUGAUGAAACCUGCCGAAAGCAGAUAACUUAUGCGGAGUUAGAAGCAAAGACCAAUGCUAUAUCUCGUGCCCUGACUGCACACGCUCGACCCAGAGGAGCUAACAGAGAUAAUGACUUUGUGAUCGCCGUGUGCAUGCAACCUACACACAAAACUAUUAUGGCACUGCUAUCAACGUGGAAAGCGGGAGCCGCUUACUUGCCAAUCGAACCAAGCUUCCCUCAAGGACGGAUAUCACACAUCCUGAAGGAUUCCGAACCUUCACUCGUCAUAUACGACCACACCGCGAAUCCAUCGAUGUUCUCAAGUUCGGGAGUUCCAUCCGUUUCGUUCGAGGAGUUAGCGCUGGAAGCCAGCGUGUUGGCCACGCAUCGGCCAACAGAACAAGAAAUGUUGAUCGAAACAGACGCUGCUUCCACCGCCAUCAUAUUAUACACGUCCGGAAGCACUGGGAUACCGAAAGGAGUACGCCUUCCUUAUUCUGCUAUAUGCAACCGUCUGUGGUGGCAGUUCCGCACGUUUCCAUUCGCUGAUGAUGAGGUCACCUGUGUUUGGAAGACGGCUCUAACAUUUGUAGACUCUGUCUGCGAGAUUUGGGGUCCUCUGUUACACGGGAGAACACUGCUGAUACUGUCGAAGGAGACGACCAGAGACCCGCAGAAAUUGGUUCGGGUUCUUACCGAGUACCAGGUAAAACGGCUGGUACUCGUUCCGACGCUACUCCGAUCAAUUCUACUGUACGUAUCUCUGAACCCAUCGGAGAGGUUGUUGCAGCAUCUGAAGCUGUGGGUCUGUUCCGGUGAGACCCUGAGCAAGGAGCUGGCCACUCAGUUCUUUCAAUCUUUCGGAGACGAGAAUGGCUAUAAAUUAGCCAAUUUCUACGGAAGUACGGAGGUUAUGGGUGAUGUCACGUACUAUGUUUUGGAGCAAUCUUCUCAAGUGAACAUGUUCCCUUCUAUACCGAUAGGUUCUCCUUUAGACAACUGUCGGGUGUAUAUCCUGGACGAACAUCGUAGUCCAGCCGAGUCCGGUGAAAUGUGGGUCGCUGGUAGAAACCUGGCAGCUGGAUACGUCGGUGUAGCUCAGGACACGCGCUUCGAAGAUAACCCUCACGCAGCUCAUCCUGAAUUCGCCCGUAUUUACCGGACGGGUGACUUCGGAUAUCUUCACAAAGGAGUUAUAUUGUACAGCGGCAGAACGGAUUCCCAGGUCAAGAUAAGAGGACACAGAGUGGACCUGCAGGAGGUCGAGAGAGCUGUGACAGCUGUACAGGGAAUCGAGAAAGGGGUCGUACUCUGCUACGGCCUGGCUAGUGGAAAUCCAGAGAUUUUAGCCUUCGUCACAAUAAAGCCGGAUGCGAGACUCUCCAAUCACCACAUCGAGACUGCUCUCCAGAGUGCCCUUACCAGCUAUAUGAUACCGCAGGUCAUCAUAAUCGAUACGAUACCGUUGCUCGUGAACGGAAAAGUUGACAGACAGGGCUUAUUGAAAAUGUAUGAAAACACGAACAAUAACGACGACGCUGAAAUACCAUUGGAUAUAGAUUACUCCGGUGUCAGCCCUCAAGACCUGGAAGCAGCGAGGGUCCUCUUUGAAACGGUUGGCGAAGUCCUGGGCAGGUCCGCCCGAGGGACUCUGUCGCUCAGAGCCAAUUUCUACGAACUUGGGGGAAAUUCACUUAACUCCAUCUACACCAUCACCAGGUUGAGGGAUAAGGGAUACUACAUUGAAAUCAGUGACUUCCUGGGAGCAGCUAACCUCAGAGAGGUUCUCUCACAUCUGAACACGUCGCCAGACGCGUCGGAUGAUUCAGAACACACGAAAUAUUCGAUCCAGCCAAUGAGGGACGAGCACAAGGACCACGUGAUUGAGAUGAUAGUAUCAUCAUUCUACGAGAAGGCGGAGCUGGAGCAGUUCGUGCGUGACCAGAUCGCGCCGAGGGACUACGCUCUUUGUAUCACGGCGUGCUGGCACGCUCUUAGGGCCGCCGCUCUCAGUGUGGUGCUUGAAGACAAAAGCGGUACACCCAUCGCUGUUGCUUUAAAUUUCGACGCCCGCGACGAACCUGAAAUAGAAAUGGGCGGGGGUUUGGCCAAAAUCAUGACAUUCCUCGAGUACGUUGAAGGUUCCGUGCGGGAUACCAUGCUGCCGGAGGGAAAAGGUGCGAUUCUUCAUUCAUUCAUGAUGGCGACGGACUCAAACUUAACGGCGCGAGAGAAUGUGGAAGCCAUCCGCUUGUUGGAGUUUGGCACCGAGAAAAUAGCGAGAGAGAGGAGGUUCAGGGGAAUAUUCACAACUAACACCAGUCCCUUGACACAGCAACUCGGAAGAGACGUGCUUGGUUUCCAGACACUCCUGGACUACCAAAUAAAUCAGUACAUCGACCCCAACGGCGACAGAAUCUUCGGCCGAGCGCCCGACGACAUGAGGGCUAUCGUUUGUUGGAAACCAGUAGAUUGAAAUAUGUAAAAAAAUAACCAAUUAUCGAUAAAAAAAAAAAUAUUAUCGAUGUCACAUACAUUUUUUGUACAACACUCACUUUUGACGUUUGAUGUAGUUGAAGUUAGUGUUAUAAGGAUUUGUAAUAGACAUUAAUUGUUGAUUAUGUUGUUGUAUAUUCUUAGGAAAUAGCUGUAAAUCCACAGGCUUUUCAGAGUAUUGAAAUCUAAUAUAAGUACGAUCUGAACAGAUUGUUAACAGCGAAACGAUAUACUCUCAAUAUGAUGUGAAUUAGAGAUUUUAAUUUUUUUAUAUACAGUACAAACUAGGUUAGUCAAACUAACAUGUGAUAUGUGAUAGGGAAGAACGACUUUAUAUAUAUGGAGGUUAUAUAUAUAUAACCUCAAUAGAUUUCUCAUAUUUAUAAAAAAGCAAAAUCCACAUAAAUCCAGACCUACCCCCAAAAUAACCGGUCCAUAGUGUGUAUCUAAAAUAUUAGACUUAUUCCUAGUUGUGAAAAUCUAUUGUUUUAUAUAUUUAAUAAAUUAAAUGUUUUAUAUAAAAAAAAUUUGCAGACUACAUACUUCUCAUCUUUAGAAGUGAUCUCUGUUCGCAUAUGUGAUAUUUAUAUUGAAUGUAUAGUGUUAAAUAGAUUAUAAGCAUAGAUUAUUAUAUUAUUAUAAUAAAUAAUGUUUUUUAGGUAA